CAGUCUCUCGUGCAGCUUCCCUGCUUCUUCUGUUACCCCUUCGCUUUCUCCUGCAUAGUGCGCCGGUCGUUCUGAAUAUUCUACUCUACUCCCCUCCCCUUUUUUUCCUUCCUACUGUUCUUGCCGCGAAACUGCUAUAGCUAGUCUACCGUGUCCUUUCACCUUCUCAUGAUGACGCAGGUCCCCGAUGGGUUCCUUCGGUAGCUAUCUGUUCGUCUACCUCCUGGGCGGACUCACCUUUCUCCCUCUGACUCUGAUAUCGGUGCUACUAUUUGCCUACCUGACUCUUCCUUCCUCCUCCUCGCCGCGUAUAUCGUCGUCGUCGUCGUCGGCAUCGUCAUCGUCGUCGGCGUCAUCCACCACCGUCCCCGCAGAAGACCUCCGCCGUGUCCACGAUGACACGUUCAGCCUCAAGUCCGGUACGGAUGAGUUGGCUGAAGAAUUCCAGCGCACUCACGAGUCCGAUGUGGCUGCGGGUUACUUUGCCGUCUGUCGUGAGUAUGUGCCUGGCGGCGUGAACGGGAAGCCGCCGGAAAGGACGACCCCCGCGGGCGAGGUGAUUGCCGCCGAGAGCCCCAGCGUCUACCAGGCGAUGUACCGGAGUUUGUUCGAUCGGAAACAGGCGCCGAGUAUUGAGCCGGCGAAGAAUAAUGGGAAGAAUGUCAGGCGGGCGCGGAAUGUGUUCUACAUUGUCUUGAGACAUGGCCAUCUGAUGCUCUAUGACGAUGCAAACCAGGUCGAGGUCCGGUACGUCAUCUCGCUUGCGCACCACGAUGUGAGUAUCCACGGCGGGGGGGAAGGGGAUAUCCCAGAAGGGGAGCUCUGGAUCAAACGCAACGCCAUCUGUCUAUCGCGGCGGCUGGACUCCCUCGCGGAUCUGGGAGGCCCGACACCCCCCUUUUAUCUGUUCUCGGAAAACCAGUCGGAGAAGGAGGAUUUUUACUUUGCCAUGCUGCACAACCAGGCGAAAAUGGGUGGUGGUGGUGGUGACCACUCGCCCGCUAGCCCUGUGCCCAAGAAACAGGAGUUUGACCUCAAGCAUAUUGUCACGCUCGUGCAGCGCCUGCAUUCUUCCGAGGAGCAGCUGCAGACACGCUGGCUCAAUGCCGUGCUCGGCCGUCUGUUCCUUGCCAUGUACAAAACGCCAGAGAUGGAGCAAUUCCUGCGCAAGAAGAUCACCAAGAAGAUCUCCCGCAUCAAGAAACCAAAUUUCAUCAGCAAGAUCGGUCUACAGAAAAUCGAAAUGGGCGAGGGGGCCCCGUUUAUAACUAACCCGCGGCUGAAGGACUUGACCGUCGACGGCAACUGCUGCGUCGAGGCAGAUGUCCAGUACCAAGGGAAUUUCCGCGUCGAGAUCUCCGCCACCGUCCGCAUUGACCUAGGCCCGCGCUUCAAGGCCAGAGAGGUUGACCUCGUGCUAGCCGUUGUGCUGAAGAAGCUCGAGGGCCAUGGGCUGCUCCGCUUCAAGCCACCUCCGAGCAACCGCUUCUGGAUCUCGUUCGAAUCCAUGCCCAAUAUCGUGAUGGACAUCGAGCCGAUCGUUAGUUCCAAACAAAUCACCUACGGCAUCAUUCUCCGCACCAUCGAAAGCCGUAUCCGAGAGGUCGUCGCUGAAAGCAUUGUGCUGCCCUUUUGGGAUGACGUGCCCUUCCUGGAUACUCACUCCCAGCCCUUCCGGGGCGGGAUCUGGCAACGAGAAGUUCCCAGCCUGUCAGGGGCCAAGGCGGAAAUCCCCGACGAAUCCGAAACCCAGACUGCCGUGCCCACCGCCGCCGCCGCCGCCGUGAAGGAAGAUUCCUCGGUUGAGACCCUCAAACUCAAGGACGAACGAACCAUGAGCAUGCCGUCGCUUCCGGAUACCGUACCCCCUGCCCCCUUCCUUAAAUCGCGCAAAGCUUCGCGAGCAUCUGUCUCCGACAGUCCGAGCAGCAGCUGGGCUGCCUCUUCUGCCGUGGACUCGCAGCUACCGUCGUCGCCGAGCGCCAUCACGCUUCCUCGCGCCAUGCGGUCUCAAACCUUUUCCCACGCGGCCGACCCCGUGGUCACGGCGGGGAAUGUCAAAGUCGACAAGGCCGCCUACGAGGGGAGAGGAGAAGAAAAGAGCAGCGCCGCUGCCAGUGCGAUGAUCGAGAUAUCUAGCCGUUCGACUCCAAGCUCUCCAAACCGGACUCCUGCUGGUUCUCCUCCCUCAGACAGUCUGCUGACCAACAUCUCUGCUCCACCUAUCCCCCCAGAAAUCCCGGUCGUCGAGCCCCCAGUUCCCUCUGACCUCAAUGCCAAUACUGCUCAUGGCACUGGCACUCAGAAACGGCCUGCCUCUACGCACACCAUUGAUACCGCCAGUAUGGACAGCACGGGUAGUACAUCAGACCCGUCUUCGCGCGAAAUAUCUCGCCGGAAUAGCACCCUGCAGACCCUGGCCCGGUCGAUGGGAACCUCCGUUUCCAUGGAGGGUAAAUCGGCGUCGCAAGGCACCUUGUCUCUGGGAACAGCAGCAGCCGCGGCGGCAAAGAAAUGGAGUUGGAAUAUGUUCUCCAAACAGGGAGGCACAGGAGGCGAGCAGAACCACAACCAUCACAACAACAACAAUAACCACAACAAUAGUAAUAGCGACAGGAUUCCCAUAGAGGACGGGACCCCUGAGCAUCCGAUGGGACGUGGUCAUCCCCUGCCUCCACCGGGCAUCCCGUUACCUUCACCGCCGAAGCUUGGAGGAUUCAAGCGCUCAUCCCUAACAGUACCCAGGCGGAAACCGGUACCACCGUUACCGUCACCGCCAUCUUCCGCGGCGUCGGUGCCCCCUCCUCUCCCCGAUCGGCCUCAAGAAGACUUGCCUAAACGGCCGGUGCCUAAACGGCCGGUGCCUAAACCUCCGCUACCGAAACGGAAACCCAUACAAGUCCUUUCUGGGCAAGAGAACCGCGUCGACGAAGAACUGCUCGUCGUUGAAGCCCCUUACGACUCGGAACCCAACAGUCCCGCCGCAGACAUGGACUUCGAUCUCCCAGACUACCCUGCCGAGACUGCCGCGCCAGCUACGAGUGCAUCAUGGACAGACGGCCGCGGGAACGAGCCGUAUCGAAGCCCCGAGGCGCCUGCGGCGAGUCUCGUGGCGCAGGGGAGGGAGUAUCGUGCCGACGAGGUCGUGCGAUGAAUGUCACCUUAUCUCGGGGGCUACUUUUCUCAUGUUCAACUCAGUAAUAGAUAGUAUUCUUUACGACUCCUCUUUGACCAGUAGUUAUUGCAUAAAUGUAGGAAGAGUACUGUAC